GCUGAGGCUCGUGUCACCGCGGUGGGCGGGUCCUGCUGUAGCUGAAGAUGGCUGCUCCGUGCUGGGAUCAGCAGGUCUGAAGGUGUCCGCGAUGUCCAGGGAGCAGGCGAGCAUCAGCGAGCUCCUGCUCUCACUGGACAGUUCAGAGCUGCAGGAGGCGGAGCGAGUGAGAGCUGCAGUCAACCAGCAGCUGAGUACAGACAAAGGGGGCGCUGUCCUCUCCUCCGUGGUGGAGUACUACCUGGACUCGUCAUCUUCUCAGGCCCUGCUCCUCCUCUCCUCCAUCAGGGAGCCGCAUCACAAAGUGCUGCUGGAGAAGCUCAACGAGUCUGUGAGUCGAUCCGGGACCAGGCUGGGCGCCCUCACCCUGCUGGGUCACCUGAUCAGGAAACAGCCGCCAUGGGUUCAUCACAUCAGCCGCUCGCCGCUGCUGCUGUCACUGCUGCGCUGCCUCAAGACGGACAGCGAUGUGGUCGUCCUUAUCACGGGAGUCCUGGUCCUGGUCACUCUGUUACCCAUGAUUCCUCAGGCCGGGAAGCAGCACAUCAAUGACUUCUUUGACGUGUUUGGGCGCCUUGCAUCCCGCAGCUGCAAAAACCCAGGUCAUGAGCCUGUGGCCCACCUGGUGCACCUCCAUGCAGGUACGUACUCUCUGUUCCACCGCCUGUAUGGGAUGUUCCCCUGUAGCUUCAUCUCCUACCUGCGGCUGCACUACAGCAUGAAGGAGAACCUGGACACCUUCCAGGAGGUGGUGAAGCCGAUGUUGGAACACGUCCGGGUUCACCCAGAGCUCGUUACAGGCACUCAGGACUACGAACUGGACCCGUCCAGGUGGAGGUGUUACGAAGUCCAUGACAUUGUGAUCGAGUGCUCCAGAGUGUCCCUGGAUCCUCUGGAGUCUUCGUGCGAGGAGGACAUUUGCUCCUCCUCCUGCUCUUUGAUCACACCUCUCCCCCUGACUCCCCUCCCUCAUCUGGACCUCACCUGCAGUCCUCCGGUCACAGACGCUGUCAGCAGCUCAGGAAGUUCAGUCUGUCCUUUGGGAUCCAGAUGUGUGCCUCAGCUGAACCCGAACACCUGCACGCAGCCUGACGACGUCACAUGGAGCCCCGCCUUACACUGUGGUUUGUCCACACCCCCUUCUGAACGCACUGCUUUAGGCUCCACCCACCCACUGAGCAGGAGCACCUCCAUGUUAGGUGAGAAAUUGCCUUCAUCAGCCUCCAUUCUUGAGGCUCCUCCCACUAAGGAGCCCGACCGCAGCCAGGUGAGGAUGGUCAAAGAUGGGGAGGGGUUAACCUGUCAGCCAAUCACUGAGGGGGAGGAGCAAGGCCUGAGUGACCUCGUUAACAACAACAGACAAGAUGUUAAUGAGUCCCAGCAGCCUUCGCCCCGCCUCAUCACCUCCACCCCCACUCAGGCUUCAGGGGUCCCCCUGCCUCCCUGCUUCACCACUCCUCACCCCAGAUUUGAAGAGCCAGGCUCCGCCCUCUCGGACUACAGCCCCAGCUCUCCGUAUGACCCGCUGUUUGAGCUCGCUCUGCCGCGGGCGGCCAUGCUGUUCGUUGGGAAGAAGACCCAGGAGGUGCUGGAGAAGAAGGGGGGAGGACCACAGAGGGAGAACAGAGAGGAGGAGGUGACCUCUGUCUCCCCUCUGAAGGUUCUGGACCAGCUGAUCGCCCGUGGAAACAACGCCCACGAUUGCCUCAGCAGGAGGUUAUCAGCUGGGAGUAAGUCGGUGGACCGGAGUCACUCUGGAGGUAAACAGCAGAGCAUGAAAAGCAAAGGCUCCACCCAGGAGGAGGAGCUUCAGUCUCUGACCAAUCAGCUGCUGCUCGUCCAUACUCAGCUCCAGUACGAGCGCUUCAAGCGGCAACAGCACGCCAUCCGAAACCGCCGGCUGCUGCGGAGGGUCAUCAACACGACAACGCUGGAGGAGCAGAGCGCUGCCAUGAAGUCUCAGCUCGGCGUUCAAGACGAGGAGAUCCGGAGUCUGAGGGCGAGUCUGGACGAGGAGCAGCGCCGAUACUUGGCGCUGCAGCACGACACACACACACGCAGCGGGCAGCUGCACACACACAUUGCACAUCUGCUGCAGCUGCAACGAGACGAGCAGAGAGAGAGCCAGAGACUGCAGGGUGAGCUGCAGGAGUGCCAGAGCAGACUGCAGGAUCUGGAGGCGGAGCUUCAGAAAGCCAAUUACAAAGCGUAUAAUGCUGAGCACCAGCUGACCCAGCUGUCAGUGAAGCUGUGCAGCAGUGAGCGGCUGCAUCAACAGAUGUUCCUGCUGAACCAGCAGCUGGUCCUGCUCGGAGAGACCAACAAAGCUCUGCAGCAACAGCUGGAGGGCGGAGAGACACAGCGCUGCACCGAGGCGUCCAUGCUGCAGUGCAGUGUGGGUAAGGAGUUCCUGAGGCUGAAGGACAACGAUGUCCAGCAGAGACAGAAGCUGGAAGCAGCCAAUCACAGGAUCACGGAGCUGGAGAGCCAGCAGGCCAGGAAAGACCAGCUGAUCCUGAGCCAGAAAAAACUGCUGGAGGACACCAAGAACCAGAACAGGGCAGAGCUGUCGGCGUCGGAGAGCCGCUGUGCCGCUCUGAGGAGAGUUACUCAGGCGCUGCAGACCGAGAUGCUUCAGCUGUACGGUCAGAUCGUGGGAGGCGGGGCUCACCCAAACGGCGAGCUGCAGGACAUCAGCAGAUCCGACAGCGGAGCCUUACCUGAUGCUCAGGGAAGCCAAAAGUCCCUCCUCCCGUUUUCUUCUGCUGUUGGGAUCAUGAACGGAGCAGUGGAGGUCCUUUCCACCUCCCCCGUGUCCCUCUCACUCUCCCCCAUCGACUCCCCGCUGGCUGUCGGCUCCUUCCUGGAGCAACGAGCCCGACAGCUGUUCAGACCCACAGAUCAGAACCAGGAGGAGGAGGUGGAGGUCGGGGAGGAGGAGGUGAAUGUCCAACCAGCAAGCCCUCCACUCGGUCAGGAGGUGGAGGAGGCAUCACUCCCUGUAGGAAGUCCUCAGACUGAGCCGCUGAGCCAAGCCGCAGACCCCAUCGUGGCCCCCGUAGACCUGACACUCGCCGUCCAACAGAGGAGACACGAACUGAGCAUCAUGGACUACGACGAGACACUGCCCGACAUCUGAGGGAGGAGGAGGUGGGGUUCCUAGGGGCUCCGCCCUCACUCUGGAAAAGAGCAAUAAAGAUGAUAAUGAUAAGGCAAUAAGCAGGCUGAUCCAAGAUCAGCAAACUUUCAGUAACGAUUGUUAUUUAUUAGGGGAAUUAAAUCUACAGCUAGCCUGGCUAGUAUCCACAAACAAAAAUGCCCUCUAAUAAGUGGCAUCCAAUCAAAAGGACAGUCGCUCCUAUCCAGUGCUGAUGGGAGUGGUCUGUUGGGCGGUCUGCUAGUACCGCCAUAGUCUCAGCCAUAGUAUUGAUCCAUAGUUAUGAUAAAAGGAGUCUAGUUCAGGGACUCCAGUUAGCUGAGGUGAAGCCUCGCAGAUAGCUAGCAGCUACAGCCGCCUGCAUCAGCCAAUCAAAUUCCAGGAUUUGAUCACAAGAAAGUGACGCGGCUGAAACUGUAACGCUGAAGCUUCAGAGUCGAUGAUGUGCCUUUGUCCGUCUUUUUUCUACAGUCUGUGUUUCAGCUGAUUUUCCUGUUUAAGCCAAAAAGUGCUUCAUGCCAAAUUAAACGCUGCGACUGAUGAUUGUUUUCUUUAUGGAUUUGUCAGCUGAUCAGUAACUGCAGACAAACCAAAGAUGUGCUCCUGAAACACUGUGACAGAAAUAAAGAUGUAAACGAC